UGCCAAAUGCUGUAUUUGUGGAUUGAAUGUGAUAUUAUUUCAUCAAUCACAAUGAAAAGUUGUGGCUUUGUCCCUCAUUCAAACCCAACCGCUCUCCAAUCAGAGUGCUCCCCCUAGGGAGCAUAGGACAGUACUGCGGAAUUCGUUGCAUCACAUCCACAAGCAUAAAACAAUCAGGAUUGCAUUUUAAUUUUCCAUCUACAUACCUAAGUAAAUGCAUUGGGAGAGGACGUAGGAAUGGAAACGGUUUACACCCAAGGCAUUUGGAUCGCCGAGACCCUCCAACAGAGGACGAGGAGUCAGGAAAAAUUCUGGCUGGUUGUCACUCAUAUAGGAGAUCCUAAAGCAGCCUUCCUGCUCCUCUUUCCUUUCACGUAUUUCAUCAGCAAACGAGCUGGAGUGGCAGUACUUUGGGUAGCUGCUAUAUCGGAGUGGUUAAACUUGGUGUUUAAAUGGAUGCUCUUUGGAGAAAGGCCGUUCUGGUGGAUAGGUGAAUCACAUUUAUUUGUCAACAGACAGCCCCAGGUUCAUCAGUUUUCCUCCACCUGUGAAACCGGGCCAGGCAGUCCGUCAGGACAUGCAAUGGUGACAGCAGCAGUCUGGUGGGUUGUGGUGUCCUCACUGGGAUCAUCUCUGUACUCUCGCACUCACAGUGUGGUGUUAUCAGCUGUUCCCUACCUGCUCUAUGUGGUGUUGCUGGUGGCCGUUGGAAUCUCCAGGAUCUUCAUCCUCGCCCACUUCCCUCACCAGGUCGUUGCUGGUUCCAUUACAGGUUUCAUUCUGGGGAUUGUCCUGAGCCGCAGAGUACCAGAAGGUCGCCCCCUGCUGUUCUUCUUCAGCUUCAGCAUCGGUCUGCUGCUCAGUGCUCUGAUGCUGCAUGCUGGAUUACAGCAGCUGGGAAUCGACUUGUCCUGGUCUAUUGCUUUGGCUAAGAAAUGGUGCAGCCGCUCUGAAUGGAUUCGUUUGGAUACAGCUCCGUUCUCCUCUCUGACACGAGAUUGUGGAGCCCUUCUUGGUUUGGGGCUAGCCCAGUACUGGAAGCCUGGAGGAUGGUCUCUGCCUUGGGCUCCAAGGGCUUUAUCGCUGGCUAUUUCGUCCAUGGGACUAUACCACGUGAAUCGUCUGCCACUCCCGAUCCGCCCACAAGGCCUUUUCUACAGCCUCUUCUUUGUCAAAUUUGUGAUAGUUCCUCAGAUUGUCAUGGUGCUUGUACCUGGACUGGUUCAUCUUUUCACACACAAAAAGAAGAAAGACUAGACACUGUUUUCUGUCAAUGCGACAGGUGUUUUUCACACCUCUGAGGACUAUAGCUUUUCUUUCUUCUUCUUCUUUCAGAAUAGUUCCCUUAAACAUUUCAGUCAUCUAUUUGAUGUAUUUCAUGGGUACUGUUGUGGGCAAAGUCUCUAGUAAAUCACUCCAUUUUUUUUUAUAAAUCUUAGAAUACACUGGCAUUUGUUUUUGUUCAGUCUGUGACUUAAUGUUUUUUUCUUUUGGUGAGAUUACAUGGGCCUUUAAUGAGGGGAAUGUAUCAGAUUUUUUUGUGAGAUCAUAAUGAGUUUUUUUUGUCGGAAAAGUACAGUUUUGAGGUACUGUGCAACAAAAAUAUUACAUAUGAUUUGAGUUUUUUUUUUUUUUUUUUAGCACAAACUAGCUGUCAAUCAUUGUACUCACUUUAUUGACAAUGUUUUGGUCCUCAGACCUUCAUCAGGUAAUAGAUUAGGUAUAAUCAGAUGACCAAAACGCCAAUAAAGUGAGGUUGGAUAGUCGACACCGAGCUGAUUUCUUUGUUUGUUCAUAAUCAUGAGUUUUGAUCCUACAAACCUUUCAGUAAGAUCUUCUGAUGUCUAUAGAUCUUAUAAUAAUUGUUUCCAAAAAAAGUUAAAGUAGUGUAACUUAGCACAUUAAACUGGUGUUCAUGCUCGGGUUAAAAGGUCAGCAGAUAUAUGAUGAUGUGAUUACAUGAACAUUUUACAAUAUAAUGCAAAUCCCAUGCAACAAAACCAUUAAUUGAAACAUCAAAACACCUGACUGCAGUUUCCCUCAACAUUUUAGCAUCUUUUGCCUCAUUGUUUUGAUUCAGUCUUUCCACUCUCAGCAGCAUCAUUUUCAGAUGCAACAGACUGCUGUUUACAGUGGGGAAGCUCCAGAAGCCCACUGUACACCACCAGCUCAGCACCAAACAACAGAUAGACAAGGUUAGUGACUAGCUGGCCAACUAGCUAUCAUAGUGAAGCAGUUUUGCAGCGAAAGUGCUAGAUAUUUCCAUCAGGAGCUGGCGAGCAGACCAGAGCUAAAAGAGAGUGAAUACUGGACUGAGAUUUGCUGGGUGACAUUGAAAUAUGUCUGCUGGAUGUGUAAAUAGGCUACUGUUACUAACAAGUCCUCCAUAAAGUCUUUAUAAAGUGAUAUCAGUGUCACGUUUACAGUUUGUUCUGGUUUAAACAUUGUAAGUGUAGGUUACAAAUGUUUUAUAUUUUUGCAAGGUCAUUGUAUUAGAUUUCAUUUUAUUGUAUAUUUUAUCACUGUGUCGACACACUGAUGUUAAACGUGGUUAUGUGGACCAAAAUCAUCCAAAAUAAAUAAAUUACAUUUCUAUGUUAAAAACAUAUCAUGAGUAAAAUAAAUAAUUGACAUGCAGGGCCUGUUUCAGUUGGUAACCAUUUAUAAAUAUGCUCCUUUUUUUCCUAAUACAUAGGUUUGACUGUACAGAUUACAAUCAGUUAUCAUGAGAUAAAAACACAUUCUUUUUAUUGUUUUUAAUUAAACUUUUUAUCACAGCGAUCUGAAAGCUCACAUUUACAGACAAGAGAACUCUGCUCAGCAAGCAAAUACAUUAAAAUAAAAUAAAAGAACCUUUCCCUUUUGUCUGGUGAGGUUUAAGGAAAAUGAUAAGGAUAGUUCAGGGAUAGCAGUCUCCUUAUCUUGAUCCAAACACUGUAUCACACACCAGAGUCAGGACACUGCUAUACAUGUUUCCGCUUGAGCUCAUGGAAAGAAUAGAACAUGCAUCAGACUAUUUACAGCAAACUAAUAUACACAGACAGCUUGAAACCAUACACCCUCAAAUAUCCUCAACUUAGAAGUCUUGUUUAAAUUAAGUAUAGGUACAGUUUAUACCUUCAUCUGUGUAAAGAUAAGUAGGGCAUCUCUCUGGUAGCAGGUGAAACUGAGGAUGAGCAGAAGACAGUCAGGAACAACUGUCUUUCUUUAGAUAUUUUUUAUCUAGAACCAAAAUAAAAUGUUACAGACAAACGGUCUAUAACUUUUUGCACAUAUACAAAUAACUUGAAUAUUCUCAUUAUUCCACUUUCUCAGUCCCCAAAUAUGGAGUUUCUGGAAACCUUUUUUUAAAAUCUUUUUCCUUUUUUCUUUUUUUGUUGCAGUAGAUUCGACUUAUUUUCAAGAUGGUGUGCAGGACCAGUGCAUUAGACUGGCUUAUUUGGAUUUUGAGGACUUUGACGGAUAUUUUUUUUUAGAUGAAUACUUAAACAUGACUGGCCUCUUGAAACAGACUUGCUUAACUAACAAACCCGAGCUGGACGGAGUGGAAUAUCUGAGCCAGUAUAUAUACAACUUGUGCUAGAAAGUCUAUACAUCUUCACCAGUUUAAAAACAUUUGUUUGCUCUUCAUGUUGUCAUUCAUCACUGCUUUGUAAAUCAUAUAAUAAUAGUGUCUAUGAUAGUCUGGUAUCACUGGCCAGAGGUCUGACCCAUCACACACCCACUUUCUCCAAAUUCAACAAUCAUAACAACACAGUUAAGUAAAAUACAUAAAGUGCACCCUUAGUUAAGAACUUAACAGGCAUUUUUAGUGCAGAGGUGGCGGAAUAAAAAUGCAUUAUGGGUAAAAAGAAACAGCACAAAAUAAUGCAGGAGAAAGGGAAACGUCUGUAACAGUGGUCGUGUAUGCAUUUGCUUGCUUUUAGUCGCUGAGCACUAUCCAUGUUAACCCAUCACUAGCAUAUGUUCUGUACGUUCUACUAUCUCUACGAACAUACAGUGUCGUUACAUACCGAGGAGGGACAGAGGCGAACUUUGAUACUCAUGUGCCACAUGAUAAAAUCAUGCACCACAGGAUUUUUUAUUCAUCCUUUCAUCACUGUCACUCAGAUAAAGAUGACUGAACAUUUCUGUAGCCAAAGGUUCAAACUAGAAACACAUUUAUUGCACUCAAGGCCUAUUUUUUGUCUUAACACAGCAAUCUGUCCUCAAUACAAGAUUUAUGAAUUCAAAAAAUCAUGAGCUUGUAUAAAACUAUAGCAACUGAUGCUUUGCUUGUUUAUAUAAGCAGAUGGUUAAGCAAGUAUUCAAAGAUGUUUACUGACAGAGAAAAAGGGGGGUUUGCAGCCUUGACACCUGGUUUAACGUCACACUGAGGCAUAUCAUGAGGAAUGUGACACGGAAAUGACACUAAAAAGAAAUACAGAAAAUUGGAAUUUAUUAAUCUGAACCUCAGAUAUGAGGCAAAGUGACUUGUUCCAAAAAUGAUUUAAUCAAUGGAAAAUGUAGAUGUAAUUGUGAGUGUGCGUCAGUGUGCAAUUGUUGGAUUUUCAUUUUCACACGAGCAUUUUGAUAUCAGCUUGAAGUUUAAAAGGUGUAAACAUGCACUUUCUGAUUCUAUAUAUGUGUUUAUUAAAGCACAGCUGAAACAAUUUGUUGAUUAAUUAACUGACAGAUAAUUAAUUGCCGAAUAUUUUGAUUGAUUGAUCAUUUCAGUCAUUUUUCGAGCAAAAAUCAGACUCACUGGCUCUGGCUUCUCCAAUUUGAGGAGUCACUGCUUUUCCUAUAUUAUAUCACUGUAAACUGCAUAUGUGAAAAUA